AGGAAAAUAAGGCCGCAAGACGGUUCGGCUAAACAGUAAUUACUGCUUUUGUUUUUUAUUUAGUAUACACUUUGCAGAUUAUGAAAUAAAAUACACAUUAUUAAUUAUCUCUGUCAGGAUUAACUCGCCUGAGUGGAAUUUGAAGCUUCUCAGGCUAGCUUAGCUUGCUGGACGCAGCAGAGAUCAACACAUUAUUAAGCACAGAUCGAGUGUGAGUGUAAAGUGUUGUGAUUGUGUGAAAAUGUGUAAAGUACGAAUGCUGAGAGCGUUGGUGGAUCAGCGACUAACUGCGGCUGUAGAAGAAAUAUUUGUAGUGUUGGAAAGAACGAUAGCAGAGUACGAGGACGAACUUUCUCGAACAAAAGAGGAGAACGAGCGACAACGUCAACUGCUGGACGCUUUUUUCAAGCAGCCUCAAGUUUUUCUACCUACAGCAGACAUCAGCGAAGAAAAUCUUCCCCCUGAGCAGCAUGAGUGGAGCUUCAGUGUGGAGCAGCAGGAGCCACAGGCCCCCUACAUCAAAGAGGAAGUGGAGGAGCCACAGGCCCCCUACAUUAAAGAGGAAGUGGAGGAGCCACAGGCCCCCUACAUUAAAGAGGAAGUGAAGGAGCCACAGCCCCCCCACAUUAAAGAGGAUGAGGUGGUGCUACAGCCCCCCUACAUUAAAGAAGAAGAGGAGAAUCACAGCAUCAGUCAGGAGGGAAAGCAUAUUGAAGGACAGAAGGAGUUCCCAGUGAUUGGUGUCCCUGUGAAGCAUGACGAUGAUGAAGACAAAGGUGAAAGUGAGGAGAAGAGAGAGGUGGAGCCUCCAAGCAGCAGCUCAACUCAACACAUGACAACAGAAGCUGAUGGAGACCACUGUGGAGGAUCACAAGCAGACAACCUCUUAACUCCACUAUCAGAUAGUGACGACACAACGUCCCACUCUCCUGACACUGAUGAUGAAGACUCUAAAGCUGAUACGACAUGUCACACUGACAACAAACACUUUAAAUGCUCUCACUGUGACAAAACUUUUAAACACUGGCGUAGUCUGAAGAGUCAUAUGAACACGCACAAGGGAGAGAAACCAUUUGUGUGCUCAGUUUGUGGUAAAAGAUGCUCUCAGAAGAUACAUUUGACAGUACACACUAGAACACAUACUGGAGAAAAACCUUUUGCUUGCCCAGUCUGUCACAAAAGAUUCUCUCGGCAGGAUUGCCUGAAAAGACACACAAGAAUACACACCAGAGAAAAAACAUAUUCUUGUUCAAUCUGCAGCAGGGGUUUUCAUGGACGUUCAGCAUUGGUUAAACACACAAGGCUACACACUUCGAAGAAAGUGUUGAGUUGCAGUGUGUGUGGCGAAAGAUUCUUAUAUAAGUAUCAACUGAACAAUCACAAGUGUGCUGCUGAGAACAGCAGCAAUAAAUGAAGCUGCAGGACUUGAAAUAAAAAUAUGACAUCGUUUAGACCUUUAUCUAACCAGGCUAAAACUCCUGGAGAUUAAAAUUCUCUUUUACAAUGGUAACCUGGGCCAAGUGGCAAGUGUCAGUAUGCUUCCACCAUUUAAAUGCAAUAAAAAUGAUUUGAUGGUACAUGCUGAAAGUACUGUGUAUUAUUUCAAAGUAGUUGCUCGAAAAGUUCUUUCUGUAAAAUGAUUCACUCCACCCCUGUGUUUGGAGUCACAAUUUUAUGAGAAAUUGGUCAAAAUAUUAAGAAAAAAAAGCCACUAUUUAACGAGAAUAAACUUGUAAUAUUAUGAUGUAAAAAUAAUGUAAUUUUAGUAGCAUAGAUUUGAAAUAUUAAAGAAAAAAAAUAUUUUGGAAAGUCGCAAUAUUACGAGAAACAAACAAAACAAAAUAAAGUUGGAAAAUUAGGUUGGCAAAAAAGUUAUAAUGAGAAUAAAGUCAUAAUAUUACAAUAUAUACUGUACAUUGACCCCAUCCAAACCCCAUCAGAAACUCAGGAAACCCAUGCGCUCCUGAACGUGGACAAAACAAGAAAGUCAUAUCGUGACAAGAAAAGAAGUUGCAAUUUUACGAAAAUAAACUUGUAAUAGUAUGAGAAAAAUGUCAUUUUAGCAGCGUAAAGUUUAAACAUUUGUUAAGUUGUACUAUAAUGAGAAACAAACAAAACAAACUCAAGUUGUAAGUUAGUAUGAGGGAAAAGUUAUAAUAUGGGAAUAAAGUCAAAAUAUGGUAAGAAAAUUGACAAGAAGAAAGUUGAAAUAUUUGGAGAAUUAAAAAAAACAGCAGAAAUACAAAAAAAACAGCUGUAAUUUUCUGAGAAUAAAGUCAAAAUAUUGAUGUUAAAAAAUGUUUUAAAAGGGAAAAAGGUUGGAAUUUUGUGAAAAUAAAUUUUAGUAACAUGCAAUUUAAAGAAAAAGGCAUUUUUAAAAGUUGGUAAUAUGGGAAACAACACAAAAUAAUGUAAUUCUUGGAAAAUUAGUUUGGGGAA